AUGAAGAGAUCCGGUCCUCUGAUACAUCGCAGCGAAGAUCGACAAGCUCUCCAUCCUGGGACGAUCAUCGAAUGUCUCAAAUAUGCCACGACCGGUGACCUGCCUCCAAAUAGUAAAGGCGGAGCGUUCAUUCACGACCCCAAACUAUGUGGCGAGAAGGAGGUACUGGCCCAGGUGAAGCUAUCAUUCAAAGCUACCUCCGGUGCGAAAAUGGUCGCAACCCGCAGCUUGCAACUCACGGUCAAAAAGACUACGAGGCAGCAAAAGACCCUGGAAGGACAGCUACUCAUGGUAAAGAAUGGUGAACGCACAGCGAUUUCUUCGAGGGUAGCGGAGCUGGAUCAGAUCAUGCCGCAGUACCUGGGUGUCUCCAAGGCUGUCCUAGACUCAGUUAUCUUCUGUCACCAGGACGAAAGUCUGUGGCCAAUGAGUGAGCCAUCUGUGUUGAAGAAGAGAUUCGACGAGAUAUUCGAGGCCAUGAAGUACACCAAGGCCAUUGACAAUAUCAAGGCUCUUCGAAAGAAGCAAAACGAGGACCUUGGAAAAUUCAAGAUCAUGGAGCAGCAUGCAAAGGAGGACAAAGACAAGGCGGAUCGUGCCGAGAAGCGUUCCAUCAAGCUUCAAGAUGAGAUCGAGGCGCUACGCGAGGAGACACAGCAAAUGUCGAAAGAGAUGCGGCGAGUCGCAGACCUUGCUGAUAAAGCCUGGACGCAAUCAGAAAGCUAUGCCCAGGUCCUCGGUGCCCUAGAAGGCAAGCGGAUUGAAGCCAAAAGUAUCCAGACUACUAUUGACAACCUUAAGAGACACUUGGUUGAGCUUGAAGACUCUGAUGAGUGGCUCGAAUCUACCUUGGAACAGUUCGAAACAAAACAAAUCCAAUAUCAACAGCAAGAAGAAUCCCAAAAAGAAAACUAUAUGGAGUUGAAAGAAAAGAUCGAACAGGCCCGCCACCGUCUCGGUCUGAAGCAGGCAGAGAAUGGAAAAUUCGAGAACGACAAAGCCAACUUCGAGCGCCAGUCUGAAAGACGCCAGAAGAUGAUCAAUGAAAUUGGACAUGCAAACAGCAUUCGCGGGCUUGACGACAGUAUGGACCAGAAUGCUGUAGACACGUUCAUGCAAAAGAUUAGACGCCUCCUGAAAGAACAAAAUCAGUCCCUCGAUCGUGUGAAGCGUGAAGCUCAGAAGGAACUCCGCGAAGUCCAGCAGACAUUAAAUGAGAUUGGCCAAACAAAGUCUGCACUCCAAGAAAGCAAGAACGCGGCAAAGCGACAGAUCGCUGCAAAUGACAAGGAGGCAUCGGGCUACCAGGGCAAACUCAAUGGCAUCGAUGUCGAUGAAGGUGUGCAGGCAGCGCUUGAGUCAAAGGUUGAAGAUAUCAUGUCUGGUCUAGACCACGCGAAAGAGCGAGCCAAGAACGCUUCGUGGGAUAAAGAAAUCCAGGACACUAAUGUGGAAAUCCGCCGCCUUGAGGAUGAGAGCUCACGGCUAAAUUCCGAGUUGAUUGACUCGACCAAGAAGGCCGGUGAGCUGGCUCGUCUUGAUCACCUCAAAAAAGAAUUCAAAGACCGCGAGCGCAGCCUACAAACGAUGCAAGGAGCCCAUGGGGAUCGUCUCGAGAAGGUUGUUGGUUCGGGUUGGCAGCCCGAAACAUUGGAGCGAGGUUUCCAGCAGGCGCUUGAUGGUGAAACGAGGAAUGUCACUGAUGCGGAACGAGAACGCGAUAGCGUGAGUCGAGAGUUAGAGCAAGUUGAGUUCAAGCUCAAGACUGCCGCGAAGAAUCUCAAACAACGCCAAAAGGAACUCGACGAAUGCGCCAAGGAAAUCCACGAUGCAGUGGAAUCAGAGCCCGCAAACUAUCCAGAAAAGCUCAAGGAACGUCAGGAAAAUUACGAGGCUGCUCGCAAGGAUGCUGAUCAGUAUGCCGGAAUGGGAGAGUACUUCACCAUGUGUGUGAACGCUGCCGAACAAACCAAGAAGUGCCGAACAUGUGCACGAGCUUUCAAGAACGAGGCAGAGGUUCAAACCUUCACGAAAAAGCUGAACGCCCUCAUCAAGAAAGCCAGUCUUGAUUCCGAGGCUGAGGCUGACUUGAAGAGAUUCGAAGAAGAGUUCCAAGCUGCCCGUGAAGCCGGCACCUCUUAUGAUUCUUGGGUUCGGUUGUCAAAGACCGAUAUCCCAGAACUGGAGCAAGAGGAGCAAGAGUGUGAAUCACAGCGUGAUCAGCUUUUGGAAAAGCUAGAGAUCCGCGAUGGAAAAGUUACCGAGAAGAUUGAGAGCAAGCGCGAGGUCGAAGCACUGUCGAAGACGGUCAGCACCAUCGUGCGGUAUGAUACCGAGAUCAAGACAAUCAAAUCUCAAAUCGAAGAGCUUUCUGCAAAUCAACAAGAUGUGAAUGCCACUCGCACCCUGGAGGAUAUCCAAGAGGAAAUUGCUGCCAUCAACGAAAAGUCCCGGGCUUUGAAGAAGGCUGUCACCAAGGUGACGAAUGAGAAAGACAAGACCCGCGCCGAAAUCAACGAUCUUGAGCUGAAGUUCAGGGAUGCGAAGAGCAACUUGGAUAAUGCCAAAUUCCAACUAGAAAAGAAGGCCGAUUUGAUUGUUCGAAUGGAAGAAUUCAAAACCCUGAAUGCACAGCAGCGAGAGGCAAUUGAAAAGGCCGAUCACGAUAUUGAGGCUCUUACCCCAGGCUUACUCCAAGCCCAAGCCCGCUACGAUGAGAUCAGCCAGCGAACCGAUGAGCGUGAACGAGAUCUGCAGCAUGAGAUUACCCGCCUCUCUGAGAGCAUUCACCAACUCGACCUUGCCAACGAGGAUAUCAACUCGUACAACGAGCGAGGCGGCCCGGAUCAGCUUGAACGAAGCAAGUCUGAGCUGCAACAUAUUGAAGAAGAAAUCGAGACACUCGAGUCCGAACAAGGCGAGAUCACAAGAGAUAUCAACAAAAUCUCGGCCCAGCUGAAGGACAGCGAGAACACGAAGAGGCAGUACUCCGACAAUCUGACGUAUCGUCAAGCUACUCGAUCCCUCCACACAGUUGAGGAAGAAGUUGAGCAACUCGAAGCACAAAACGCCGAAGUUGACCGUGGCCGAUUCAAGCAAGAGUCAGAACGCUGGACCCGCGAACACAAUGCCCUAGCUGCCAAACAAGCUAGCAAAAUGGGUGAAAUGAAGUCCAAGGAUGACCAGCUGAUGCAGUUACUGGCGGACUGGAACACAGACUACAAAGAUGCUGCCUCGAAAUACAAGGAGUGUCACAUCAAAGUCGAGACCACCAAGGCAGCUGUUGAUGAUCUCGCCCGGUACGGUGGUGCACUUGACAAAGCCAUCAUGCAAUAUCACGGUCUUAAAAUGGAAGAGAUCAAUGCCAUUGUCGGCGAACUCUGGCAAAAGACCUAUCGUGGAACAGACGUCGACACUAUCCUCAUUCGGUCUGAUAAUGAGAAUGCCAAGGGUAACCGGUCUUACAACUAUCGCGUUUGCAUGGUCAAGUCUGGCGCGGAGAUGGAUAUGCGUGGGCGUUGCAGUGCUGGUCAGAAGGUACUGGCCAGUAUCAUCAUUCGACUUGCCCUUGCGGAGUGUUUCGGCGUGAACUGCGGUCUGAUUGCCCUCGAUGAACCCACUACGAAUUUGGACCGAGACAACAUUCGCUCCUUGGCUGUAUCGCUGCAUGAUAUUAUUCGUUCUCGCCAGCAACAGUCCAAUUUCCAGCUGAUUGUCAUUACCCACGACGAAGAGUUCCUGCGGCACAUGCAGUGUGGUGACUUCAGUGAUUAUUAUUACCGCGUUUCGCGCAAUGAGAGACAGAAGUCGAUCAUUGAGCGGCAAUCUAUUGCUGAGGUCAUGUAA